AUGGUCUCUCCCUUUCUGGAUCUCUCUGGAGAAUCUAUUCCUCUGAAGCAAGUCCUGGGAUCCGGAUCUUCGGCGGUUGUGGUACUUCAUGACGGCUUGGCCGUCAAGAUGCCUCUGAGAUAUUGUUGGAGCUCAGAUGUACAGGUUGAGAUGAAUAUUGAAGUCAUUCAACGUGAACAGGAUGUCUAUCGUCGUUUCCAAUCAUCGAAUACCCAAUGUGGUGGUAUUGUUAAUUGCAUUGGUUUCACGAAAGAAACCACCAAACUGGCUUAUAUGGCAAAUGGAGAUCUUCGCGCGUAUUUGGAAACCAACCAGCCAUCUCAACAGCUCCAACUCUCUUGGUUUCGCGACAUGGCUCGUACGCUCGAGUAUAUCCAUGACCAACGUGUGCUUGUGGCAGAUAUUGCUAGUCGAAACUUCCUUCUCGAUUCAGACCUUACAAUUAAAUUCUGUGAUUUUUCCGAAGCGUCUCUUCUACCGUUGGAUGUUGAUAUGGAUACUUUUGAUGAUAACGGAUAUACGACUCGAAUCUAUCUCGGCUUCCUUGGGGCAGUAAUUUAUGAAGUCGUGACUGGCAACAAAUGCAAAAUCGACCUCUUCAAAGACAAUCUGCCAACUGAUGGUCGAGCGACCUGGCCGCAGAGACAAUUCCUUCCCAGUACUGAGAAUGUUUGGCUUGGCUCAAUCAUCGAGGACUGCUGGGUCGACGGAGGAUUUCGACACGCUCGUAGCCUGCUACGAGCACUGGAUUCAACCGCCCUACCUUCGCCAGCCCUCUAA